AUACCGGACGUUGGUAGCCUCCGCUGCUGUCUCUGCUCUCCACUACGAGGGCCGGCAAUGGCGGGCACGCUCCUUCUCCACGCUCAGAUGCUGGUGUGGCUGUUGUUAGCACGGGGCGUCCGGCUCUUACCACUUGACAGUGACCUUCAAACAAUGUCGGAGAUGGCUUCCGCCGGCACGGACGACGCUGAGCUACCGUCGGCAACAGAGCGACCCACCAUCUCUAUCUCCGCAGUCGACCUGUACGCAGAGGACUACGGAACCGGCGCAAAUCGACAUCCGUUUCUCUUCCACUUGUUGCAGCCUAGCAAGCCUAUCAACACGGAAACUUCAGUUCAGGAGCUUAUAGAGCGCCUGAAGAAGACUGCAAUUGUCAACCUUAAUCUACGAAAAGUGUCUAACGAGUCUGCUGAGGAAACGUCCUGCGGGAAUGACUCUUCUACUUGUCAAUUCAUGGAAACCGUCAAACGGAGAGUGCCAGAAAUCUCUGAAACGCCGGUAAAACCUCUUUCAGCGUUCACCAUAUGCGCUAUAAUAGUUUCAGUUUUAAUAAUUGUGGUGGCUGCGGUAUGGUAUGCCGGUAAACAUUAUAUGGUCCGAUACUGGAAUACUAUGCAGUUACUCUUGCACGGUGAGACCAUAGAGGUCGUCGAACGACGCCAAAAUAAUCACGAAAUGAUAUCCAGGCCAAUCAAUUUAUCAUGUUAAACAUUUGGCGUAAAGUAUUUCUUCCAAUUAAGUGGUGUAACUUCAUGAAUAUUCAUUGAUUUUAUGAGUUUAAAUAUGAUUUAAUUGUAAUGACAGCAUUCUACAGUGUAACCAAUAUUAAUUAAGGUAAGGAUAAAUGAUGUAUACCGAUGUUUUGGAUAAAUUUAGCUAUUAAUAAAGAAUACAAGUAACGCU